AUGGUUAUAAAGUUUACGUCAAAUGUUGUGAAUCCACCGGUUACAAUUUAUAUGGGUGUUGAUAAAGUAGAAAAUGAAGAAUUGAUUAGAGUGAGUUAUUUUAAUCGACUAUUUCAAUUUUUGAAAAUAGAUACUGAUAAAAAAAAUUCAUCUCAAUUUUUGAAAUAAAAUAAUAAUAGUAACCACCUUUUUAAUCUGAUGAUGACGAAAAACACACCUCGGCCAAAAUCGUGGUUUUCAAAAGUCAAAAUUGUACGCUAAAUAACAUUUUUUCAAUGUAAAAACUAUUUUCAGUUUUUGGACCUCUGAAAUGUUCAAAUUAAGAUAUUUUCAAAAAUUUUACUCUGGCUCACAACAGAUUGGCCGAGGUGUGACGAAAAAGUUUUGAGAAAACAUUUAGAACUUUUACAAAAAGGGCAUGUCUUUUUAUUCAUUUUUCUUCAAAAAUUCAAUUGAAUAAAAAUAUUUUCAGUAUGGUUGGCCAGAAGAUGUAUGGUUUCACGUGGAUAAAUUAUCAUCUGCUCACGUUUAUCUCAGACUAACUCCUGGAAUGACAAUUGACACAAUUCCAGAAGAAUUGUUGACUGAUUGUUGUCAACUUGUAAAACAAAAUUCGAUUGAAGGAUGCAAAUUGAACAAUGUUGCAAUUGUUUAUACAAUGUGGUCGAAUCUCAAAAAAACUGGAGAUAUGGCUGUUGGACAGGUUGGAUUUUUCAAUAACAAGGCUGUUAAACAUACCGUAGUCGAGAAAAAAUGUAAUGAAAUUGUUAAUCGAUUGGAAAAAACGAAAUGGAAAGGAGAUAUCGAUUAUAAAGAGGAAAAAGAUGCUCGAGAUGCAAGAGAACGACAAAAACUGAAAAAGAUUGAACUUGAGCGGAAGGAACGAGAAAAGAAGGAAAUUUUGGCGAAGGAGCAACAAAAACGCGUCCAGUAAGAUUUCAUAAUAAAAUAUUCAAAAAAAUUAUUCCAUUUUUUCUCUAGAAGUUACGCCGAUGUUGACUGGGACGAUGCUCCAACAAGAAACGACGAAGAUGCCGGAAAUUUAUCAGAUGAUUUCAUGUGA